AUGGACGACGAUUACGUUGCGCAGGUCCUUGCCAAAGAGGCCAGAGAAACCUCUCAAAAGUACUCGGCUGAGGGUCUUUCAGCCUAUAUGCCUCGGAAGCCCGCAGGCAAUGCUCCCAAGCCCAACACCCGAUUUUUGCGACAUCUCAUCAAGGAAACAGACAAUCACAACACGGCGUUGAAUCGAAAAGAGGAACGUGAAGCGCGAGACCGAAUGCGCCUGCUGAAGAACAAGACCAAUGGUGACUCGACCUCUACAUCGCAAACUUUCCGAACACAAAAUCGCCAGAGCAGUAUACGAGACACCGAUAGACAUCGCAAGGAUGAUCGUGACGAUCGACACCGCUCGCAUCGGAGACGGCACCGGAGUCGCUCUACAUCUACGGACCGAGAUCGCUCACGGCGGCAGCCGCGGAGGGACGACGAUGAGCGAGUGAGAGACGAGCACAGAGAUGGUGAUCGUACAGAUCGACGACGAGAGCGUCAUAGGCACGAGUCAUCACGGGCGGAGCGGCAUGGUCGGAAGCGAUCAUACUCAAGAUCUCGCAGCCGGUCUCCUCGCCGGGAUCGCAGUUCUGAACGCCACCGCAGCGAGCGACGUUCUCGACGAUCCAAGUCUCCCUCCGGCACGCAUUCAUCACGAUCACACAGGACACACAAGGACCGACGGUCUGAGCAGGACGAGGCGCCCCUUCGUCAAAGCCGUUCAUCUCGAGAUACAACCAGGCAUUCCGAACACAAACCAUCCUCGACUAUUCCACCGCUACGCCAUAGAUCCGACGACGAGUCGGACCCUCUAGAGGAUCUAUUUGGGCCGCUUCCUCCGCGGAAAGACUCAGAACCUAUUCGCUCGCGAGGCCGGGGCGCCUACAAACCCAGUGCAAGCGCCAUCGACGCUCACUUUGCUGCGGACUACGACCCUCUGCUCGACGUACAACCUGCCGAUGACGCACACUCCGAAGAUAAGCAAUCAUCUCGCCGCCCUGUCGCAGGUCUCAUGACCAAGGAGGACGAUUGGGAUAUGGCCCUCGAAGCGCUCCGCGAUCGUGCCAAGUGGAGACAAAAGGGUGAAGAUAGAUUGCGUGCAGCUGGCAUGAAUGAUGCGACCAUUGAUCGGUGGAAGAGUAAUGCCGCCUUCGCCGGGGUGGAUGGCGAGCGCAACCCCGAUGAGGUGAAGUGGUCGAAGAAGGGCGAAGGUCGAGAGUGGGAUCGUGGAAAGGUUAUGAACGACGAUGGUCACAUUGAUGUCAAGGCUGCUUGGAAGUAG